AUGGAGGAUAUUGGAAAAAUUGGUAAUAUUGGCGUUAGUGUGGAGUUUUGGGCGGGUAGCAUAUUACUUCACUGUGGCAAGCUGGCCCUUGUGACAGGAGCUGGGAAUGGUUAUGGCCGAUCCCUGGGUAUCAUGUUGGCUGCUGAGGGCUGUCAUGUUGCUGUUGUGGAUAUCGAUGGUGAUGCUGCAGAGGCAACAGCAGCACAACUGCGUUCCAUGGAUGUAAAAUCUGUGGCCUAUAAGGUGGAUGUGAGCGAUAGUGCACAAGUGGGAAAGUUGCACGAAGAGGUGGUCAAUGAUCUGGGUGUUGUGGACAUUUUAAUCAAUAACGCCGCUAUAUUGCCUUUGAUGUCAUUUCGUGAAGGUACUCCGAGUGAUAUUGAGAGAAUCAUCAAAGUAAAUUUGCUGUCACACUUUUGGACAACAAGAGAAUUUCUUAAAGACAUGAUUAAGCAGAAACGUGGUCACAUAGUGGGAAUUUGUUCAGGAUUUGGCCUCUAUCCUGGAGGUAGAUCUGUAGCGUAUUCCGCAUCAAAAUUUGGCGUUCGCGGUUUUAUGGCAAGUCUCAAUGAAGAACUCCUCUACAAUGGCCAGAGUGAUUUUAUAAAGACAACCACCGUCUUCCCUCUCUUAAUAGCAACUAGAAAAGAAGUUUCUGAUUUGUAUGAAAAACUCAAAAUGGCUGAUAAAAUGCUAUGCUUAACACCAAACUAUGCAGCUUAUCAGACAAUAAGAGCAAUUAAAAAUGGGGCUGAGUUAAUAAGUUUACCUAAAGGUUUGGUGACGUAUAUGACAUUUGCUUCAAUAUUGCCAACAUCAAUCAGAGAGAAGAUAGUGUUUGGAUUUAUGGAAGGUAAAAUCCCACAGAUUCAUCCCAAACAUUGUUGAAAGUUGUGUUCAAUUAGCAUUAGAAAUAUUUUAUUGUAUGGAAUUGGUGUGUUUUUAAUAAUCUGAAAAAUGUGAUAGGAUCAAUUAAAAUUUUUAUUAGGUGUUUUUUAUUAUACGUAUUUUUUUUGUAAAAUGCAACAAAGUUGUUGUAUACAUUGUAUGAAAAUGAAAUUAAAAAUUAAACCGUGAUAAAAUUGAACAGAGGAUAAAUUACGGUUGUUUUACACGGGGCAAUAAAUUUUAACUAUUAAUUAACUCUGCAACAACGUGAAAUUAAAUUCUCAUCGAUGGUAGUAAAAUAUUAUAUUUGCAGAGUUGCAUAAUUUUCAAAUAUUAUUUUUUUUUAAAUUGAUGAACUGCAGUCGGAUAGAAAAAAUAGGAAUUUUAGUAUUCAUUUUUAUUUGUUUUUUUUUCACCAGUAGGUAACGAUAAACAUUUAUUAUUCUACAGUCUAAUGACCAUUGAUUAUUGAGACUAUCUCAUUUGAAUCAUGUUUCUCAAAGUCGCUCUUUUGAAAUAUGUGUGAAAUUUUCUCAUAACUCAUUACUUAGCACCAUUGUUCAAACAUUUAUUUUAAUUUUCGUCAAACGUUUCUUCAAAUGUACUACUAUUGUAGGAUGGAUUAGGCUCUUUUGGACAGAGGCCCGUAUUUUCAUCCAUUGACAGAAUGAUAUUUUUUUUAAUAAAUAAUGAUAUCUUAGUAUUUAUUAAAAUCACAAUGUUUUCAAAGCUGUCUUUUGGGGAUAGUAAAGUAUUAUGCUAGCUACAGAUUUUGCAUUUUUAAAAUAAAUAGAGCAGUAUCUUGUUCAGUUAAGUUUCAAAGAAUGGGAAGAAAUUAAUCUUUUUAAAGCAACUAUUCCUCACACAUAUCAGUAUCCAGAUCUAGGCUAAUUACCCAAAUGAGUCUCUUGUCUUCAAAUGUUUCAAAUUUUUAAACAAUAAUAAAUUGCAGUGAUUUUUCA